AAUGAACUGCAGGUUUGCCAAAGAAACGUGUCAUAACUGCGGGAAAGUGGGACACAUAAAAAGGGCUUGCAGAAUGAAGGACAUGGGGAAAGGGAAGACUAUGCAGACACAAGGGGUGACAGGAAAAUUUAACAAAAGGGCUAAUUUCAUGCAGGAGGAAGGGGAGGAUAGUGAUAAGGAGGAAGUUUUCACUAUGUACCACAUCAAAGAUAGCAGAAUUACCAUACACAACAUGCAGGAAGAAAUAGUCAUUCCCAGAGAAGAACCAAUAAGACAAGUGUUGACAGUAAAUGGACAGGAUGUAACCUAUGAAGUAGACACAGGCUGUGGCUAUACAAUAAUGUCAGAGAAGGCAUUUUACAGGUUAUUCCGUAGUGGUAAAAAACCAAGGUUGCUCCAGUGCAAGAUAAAACUGAAAACAUAUGGUGGUCAUGUAGUACCAGUGUUAGGAGCAGCAAAGGUCAAAGUGGAACAUGAAGGCAGUGCUAAGAUGUUAGCAGUAGUGGUCGUCAAAGGUUCAGGGACCAGUUUACUGGGGCGAGGGUGGAUGAAAGCUCUCAAGAUGGAUUGGAAAACUGUACAUAAGGUAGAAGACCGAGAAGAACUAUUACAAGAAGUACUUUUGAGACAUGACACAGUAUUUAAAGAUGAGCUAGGGACGUUGAAAGGCUUUGCAGCAAAGAUACAUGUAGCUAGUGAUGCGAAGCCCUGCUUCUACAAGCCAAGGUCUGUUCCUUUCGCGAUGAAAAAGAAAGUAGAGCAAGAACUAGAGAGGCUCUUAGAGGAGAAAAUCAUUGAACCAGUGAAAUUCUCAGACUGGGCAGCGCCCAUAGUACCAGUUCUAAAACCAGACUCCAGAGUCAGAAUUUGUGGGGACUAUAAGAUAACGGUGAACAAAGUGUCACCAAUUGAGCAGUACCCCAUUCCUAGAAUGGAGGAUAUGAUAGCUUGUCUUACUGGGGGGGAGAAAUACACCAAGUUAGACAUGAGCCAUGCAUAUCAACAGAUAGUAUUAGAUGAAGAUUCAAGAAGAUACGUCACAGUGAAUACACACAAGGGACUUUUCACAUACACAAGACUACCCUUUGGUGUGAGCUCCAGCCCAGCUAUAUUCCAGCGCACGAUGGAGGGUGUGCUACAAGGAAUCGAGAAUGUGGCUGUAUACCUUGAUGACAUCAUUCUGACUGGAAAGAAUGACAAAGAUCAUCUACAGACAUUGGAUCAAGUGCUGCAACGACUCCAAAAUGCUGGACUACGCUUAAAAAGGAGUAAGUGUCAGUUCAUGGAGACUGAAGUGACAUUUUUGGGACACAAAGUGGACAAGACAGGGUUGCACCCACUGCCAGCCAAGGUGAAAGCAGUGCAGGAGGCUCCCGCACCUACAUCAGUGACUGAGCUUAAAGCUUAUUUGGGACUGUUGAACUUUUAUAAUAAGUUUCUGCCUAACUUGUCUAAUGUACUAGCACCUAUGCAUAAGUUACUCCGAAAAGAUGAAAUAUGGGUAUGGGGGCAAGAACAAGAAAAAGCUUUCAAAGAGUCAAAAGAGCUCUUACAAUCAAGCAGUGUGUUAGUGCAUUAUGAUGAGAAGAAAGAACUGAUACUUUCCUGUGAUGCCUCUCCAUAUGGAGUUGGAGCGGUACUAGCUCACCGUAUGACAGAUGGUGAUGAGAAACCUAUAGGGUUUGCCUCACGCACACACACCGCUGCUGAGAAGAACUAUUCCCAAAUUGAUAAAGAGGGAUUAGCAGUCAUUUUUGGAGUGCAGUAUUUUCAUAAGUAUCUGUAUGGUAGAAAGUUUGUGAUUUGUACAGAUCAUAAGCCAUUGAUAAGUUUAUUUAACGAGAUGAAAGCGGUCCCACAGAUGGCGUCGCAAAGAAUAAUGCGAUGGGCGGUGCUGUUGAGAGCAUAUGAGUAUGUCAUAUUUUACAGGGCAGGUAAAGACCAUGGUAAUGCUGAUGCUCUCAGUCGACUCCCUCUGCCAGAGAAACCCAAGGAGACAGAACCAGAGGAACAUGUACUGAUGCUGGACCGGGAACAGAGCCCCCUGACAACAUCAGAACAGCUACGGUACUGGACAACUAGGGAUCCUAUCCUCUCAAGAGUCCGUGAGUAUGUUCUCAGAGGAUGGCCUGAUAAUGUGGACAGUAACUAUAUGCCUUACAGACAGAGACAACAUGAGCUCAGUGUACAGGAUGGCUGUGUGUUGUGGGGAGCUCGCAUCGUGAUCCCGGAGAAAGGACAAUCUCCUCUGAUGGAGCAAUUACAUCAGUCACACCCAGGCAUGAGCCGCAUGAAAGGACUGGCCAGAGGCUACAUGUGGUGGCCCAAUAUGGACAUAGACAUUGAGAAAAAGGUAAAGACAUGCCACACAUGUCAGGAACACAGAAAGGCACCUGCCUGUGCACCUCUCCACCCCUGGGAGUGGCCGGAAAAGCCAUGGAGAAGACUACACAUAGAUUAUGCAGGGCCUUUCAUGGGGAAAAUGUUCUUAGUAAUUGUGGAUGCUCAUUCAAAAUGGUUAGAUGUCUACCCAGUAACUUCAUCUACGUCAGCAACCACAAUAAACUGUCUUAGGAACAGUUUUAGCACACAUGGUAUUCCAGAGAUGAUUGUCUCAGAUAAUGCACAGUGUUUUGUCAGUGAACAAACCAGAGAGUUCAUGACACGAAAUGGAGUAACACAUGUCACAUCAGCACCGUAUCACCCAUCAUCUAACGGGUUAGCUGAACGAGCGGUACAAACUUUCAAAGAGCUCAUGAAAAAGAGUAGUGGUGAUACAGUGGAGACAAAGUUAAAUAGGGCACUGUUUAGCUAUCGUAUCACUCCGCAGUCAACAACUGGACUGUCACCCGCUGAGAUGUUAAUGGGUAGAAAAUUGAGAUGUACACUUGAUCUCAUACACCCAGAUCUUAAAAAAAAGGUGGAAGCAAAACAAACUAGUCAGAAAGCAUAUCACGACAAACAUGCUAAAGAACGCAACUUUGUGGCAGGAGAGUCCAUCUACACAAAGAACUAUGGAUAUGGACCAAAAUGGGUACCAGGGCUGAUACAUGAUACUACAGGACCAGUUUCCUACACAGUGUUGCUAGGAGAUGGAAAGCUGGUCAGACGACACGUGGAUCAACUGUUCAGCAGACAAGAGUCGGAGCUGUCAGUUCUGAGUCCAGAGCCGGUGCCAGGGGAGGAGUGUGGGCCACCCACACCACUGCCAAAAAUGCUAGGACAAGACACAGGUCCUGGGCAAGAAGGAGACAGAGUCUUGCCUACAACGGAGCAGGAGCAAGUGAGCAGUACGCCUGCUGGUACUCCAACACCAUUGUUCCGUUCUCACAGGAUCAGGAAACCACCAGCGUACAUGAAGGACUUUGUUCAGUGAGUGGAUAUAUAUAAAAAAAAAAAAAA